AUGGACGGAUCCUACACCUUGCGCGUUCGGAAGCAAAACUCAUAUCGGCUCCUUUUCUUCCACGACACGCUUGCCUUCCAUUCGCCCCUUUUCUCUGUUUAUAACCUUCCACGUCCACCUCUCUCCUACCACGUCUCCCUCGCAAAGUGGUCUAUCUACAUCCUCGGCCUCAACAGCGGCUCGGUUUUUGACGGCGUUGACGUCGUCCUGUGCUACAUCGACGUGGCCGCCCGCGGCCGUAACGAUGAAGAUCCUGCCUUCACCGUCGCCAUCAAGAUUGGCGGCUGUCAAUCUGCAGCGAACGCCCACAAGGACGGCAGCCGCAUGACGGCCUUUGACACGGGCCUGGGUAACCUUGACACGCAGGCCCUCACGCUGAGCACGAGCGACGAGUUUGGCAUCCCCGCCGCCGGCGGGGUUUACCGCUUCGCGACGCUGGGCAACGCCCAAAACAGCGAGCGCGUUGUCGGACGUGACGAGCGCGUGCUGGGCAUUAUGACGGUAUGA